CACACCAGACGUGUGUAUAGAGGUGGCGGUACACAACCACGUAAUCACGGGCUACUUGAGAACUCAUCAUCAUGUUUUUUACGUCCGUGAGCGCCGUCGGUAUGCGCGCUCGCGGAACCAGCUGCUAGAUGGGCGCGCAGUCGUCGUGUGCCACACAGCGUACACAGCCGUUGGCGUGUCUCCGGUGGCCGUCUAGCUCGCAGGGCGUGCGUGGGAGAGCAUCUAGCGGGAGUCACGCUCCCGUGUGUUGUUGUUAAGUCGACGCAUCGCCACCACACCUGUGUUUUUGCGAGAGUCUGUCGCUGACAGACGCUGCCGCUGUUGUCGUCAUCGUUCGUUAGCGACGCAGACGAGAUUCAGAGAGUGUUGUUUACGCGAGCCGAUAUCGUUUAACUCGUCAGAGCCGUGCCUGACACGAAGCGCAGCACGGUGGCAUGCUGUAGCGGACUAACGACGGAAGCCGAGACACGAGUCGUACACGCAUUUUAGUUAUCGACACGCUUCGCCGCACGCCUCCGCAGUUUGGCUACGUCGAUAGUGAAGCUGCUAUACCCUAACCCCGGCAGGAGCGACGUAGAGUGGGGAGGGGGAUGCGUGGCAGGAUGACCGUAUAAAGCACGGGAAGCGCGCAUCCUGAUACAACCAACAUUCGCUAACCUGCGUGGUCGCGUGCGUGUGAUGCGCGUGCGUGUGCGUGUGCGUGCGUACGUGGACAGUUAGCCAUCUAUAUACCUGCCAAGCCCUCACAGCGCGAUCUACUCCAACCUGCACGCGAAGGUUCGUGGAGUAAACAGGAUACAAACCAACACAUAUUAUCUGUAUGUAUAUGUAACCAAGAGCAUAUGAACUCCAGGUUUUACAUGCUUGUGAUAUAACUCUCAUAGCCGCACCGCUCACUUCGCGACUGACAACAUGGAUAGUUUCGGACGCCAGGUCCGCUACGAAACCAGCAUCCCGGCGAAGACGGGAGGCGACAAGCCGUCAUCCGACGUCAUCUACUUCUCCGUCAACGGCCUCGUGAUAUCGGACAAGGAGAAGCCGGAGCCGACGACAACGAUGACGAUGACGCCGGCGCAGAAGAUCAACGAUAAGUACUGCUCGCUGGAGCGACUCAAGCGUCCACCGACGACACCGACGACGCCGACGACGCCGACGACGCCGCAGCCGGUAAACGUCGUCUACGAGACGGUCUCUCCCGUCAGCUCCGUGUACGAAUCAGCGAAGGGCAUCAUCAUCUCUCCCGCCCCCGACGACGACAACGACGAUCAUUACCACAACAACAUUAGUCCCGAUUCGCGACAGAAACCGUUCUGUUGGCCGCCCAGCGAACAGCCACGGCUGGCGACGCAGAACGACAGCGACGUCGGCCGCCGCGCGUCGCUGGACGUGAGUUCGCCGAACGCCGUCACGCGGUCGGAACUGCCUGGAACACUCGUGUACGAGUUCAUCACUCCCGCGCCUCAGACGAGCACGCUGACGCGCGCGCGACGACAACCCGAGCUGCCCGUGUCGCACGACGUCGCCGAGAGAGCGAUGCUGGCCGACCAGCAGACGAUCCACUACGACACGGCCGACUACAAGCGCGCCAUGGAGCAGCGGCAACGACUAAGCGCCGAAACGGACGCGAACGGCGCGAGAGAACGAGGCGGCGGGAGUUCGAGCGACGAGGUCCCGCGCAGCGACGAUGGGAGAGACGCAGAGAAGACGGGAGCCGUGGACGCAGGGCCGCGGCACGGCAAGCUAGACGACGCCGACUGCGUGCAGAUCGAGACGUUCUACGGCAGCCACAAGACGCGCGUGUUCGUCUGCAAGUGCGACUGCAAGCUGUACGCGUGCGCUGCCGAGAACCACGUCGUCUCCGACACGAAGAAGCCCUACUGCGUCGGCGUGCCCGUGCUACUGCUCAACCUCGGCGACAGCCGCGCCCGCAAGGAGCGCACGCUCAGCCUGCUCUUCGCCGAGCGUGGCACGGGCUUCCAGCUGUGGAAGACGAUGGUAUGCAGCUUCCUGCAGUAUCGCACCGUGCGGCAGGACUACCACACGUUCUCCGCCGACGACGGACUGCUGCUGGCGAUCCGCUUCUCCGACAGCGCGUCGGCGGCCGAGUUCGCCGGACUCGUGUCGUCGCUCGCCGCCGAGAUCCGAAAUCCGGAGUUCACCGGAACGCUGACGAAGAAGGGCAAGAAGGGCAAGAAGGAGACGAAGAAGCUGCGAAAGGCAGAGAUCUCGCAGCCGUGCUGCUUCCAGCAUAUCACGAGCCUCGACACGAGAGACUCUGUCCGCACCAAGUCGCUGCUCGGCGGUGACGAUGGCGACGCUUGAGUGCGUGUGUCUGUGC